ACCCCGCCCAAAUUAUUAUUAUUAUUGAACAAUGAUGUUGAGUUUUAGAAGGUGCACUUCAUUGGUCUCUCAUUCACUUUCCUCCAUAAGUGCCAUAACCAUAACUUCUUCCUCCUUCUCUACUGGCACCUCCAGAAACACUUCUAAUACCAUUCUGGAUGGGCUCAGUGGCACAGUUGGAAGGACCCCGUUAAUAAAAUUACAUAAACUAAGCGAAGAAACAGGUUGCACAAUCGCUGUGAAAGCUGAGUAUUUGAAUCCUGGUGGCUCAGUCAAAGACAGAGCUGCUCUUUUCCUUGUGAAAGAUGCAGAGGAAAGAGGUUUGUUAAAACCAGGCGGGACUGUGGUAGAGGGCACAGCUGGUAAUACUGGCAUUGGUUUGGCUCACAUAUGUAAUUCCAGAGGAUAUAAAUGCGUAAUAUUUAUGCCUGACACACAGUCUAAAGAAAAGAUUGACGCUUUGAGAGUUUUAGGUGCUGAGGUAUUUCCUGUUCCAGCUGUACCUUUUGACAAUCCCAAUAAUUACAAUCAUCAAGCCAAGAGAUAUGCUGAUGGCAUGGAUAAUGCAAUAUGGACCAAUCAGUUUGAUAACACUGCCAACCGGAGGGCACACAUAGAGACCACUGGCCCAGAGAUAUGGGAACAGACCAACGGAGCUGUAUCAGCAGUGACAUUCUCCACUGGCACUGGAGGAACACUAGCUGGCGUAGGAACUUACCUUAAGUCUAAGAAUAACGACAUUAAAGUCGUUUUAGCUGAUCCACAAGGCAGUGUAUUGUACAAAUGGUUUACUGAAGGUGCACUAGAGCGUACUGAUGGAUCAUCCAUUACUGAAGGUAUUGGUCAAGGCAGGUUGACUGAUAAUCUUAAAGGAGCUCCAAUUGAUUGGUCAAUACUUGUGAAAGACACUGAGCUAGUUAAAAUGACAUUUCGUUUACUUCAUGAAGAAGGUUUCUUUGUCGGUGCAUCCUCUGGUUUAAAUGUCACAGCUGCUGUUGAGGUUGCAAAGACCCUUGGAUCAGGACAUACUGUAGUGACUUGUCUGUGUGAUAGUGGUCAGCGUUACUAUGGACGGCUAUAUAACAAAGAGUGGCUAAAGGAAAAAGGUUUACUUGAAGCCAUUCCUGAGAAAUAUAGAAGCGGUCUUCAUUGAACAGCCAUAUUUAUUUAUUAUUUUUUUGAAACUCAAAUUUAUAAUUUUUCUACUAUUUUUAUUUAAAAAAGCAGCAGAUAAAAAAGU